GUAUCACCGAUUCCCGCCAAACCGCGCACCGGACGUGACGCACAAAGCCACGCCCACCUCCCCCCGGAAGUGGGCGGAUCCUCACCGGAAGCUCCUCAUUCCCCUCACGACCAAGAUGGCGGCGCGGCGCCGCUCCGGCUCCUCCCGCGGCGCCAAUCGCGACCGGCCCCGGGCCCGGUGUCGCGACAGGGACCCCGCGGAGCCCCCGGGCCGCGUUUACGUUCCCGGGACGGGCCCGGCGCUGGGCCCCGAGGAGGAGCUGGUGAUGGAUGAGGAGGCGUACGUGCUCUACCACCGAGCCGGCACCGGCUCGCCGUGCCUGAGCUUUGACGUGCUGCGGGACGCGCUGGGCGAGGGCCGGGAGCAGCUGCCGCUGUCGGUGCUGCUCUGCGCCGGCACCCAGGCCGAGACCCCCGGCAGGAACCGGGUGCUGCUGAUGCGGAUGCAGAACCUGCACGGGCUGCGGCGGGGGAAGGACAGCGACAGCGAGGAGGAGGAGGAGGAGGAUGAGGAUGAGGAGGAUGAGGAAGGGCGGGAGCCGCAGCUGCUGCUCCUCAUGGCCCCCCACUACGGGGGGAUCAACAGGCUGCGGGUGACGUCCCUCGGGGGGUCCCCGGUGGCGGCCGUGUGGUCGGAGCGGGGCCAGGUGGAGGUGCUGGAACUGGGGAGGGCCCUGGGGGUCCUGGAGGGGCCGUUUGGGGAGGGGGAUUCGAGGAGGGGGCAGAAGAGCGUGCAGCAGGGAGCUCUGCCCGAGCUCGCCACCUUCAGCGGACACCUGGACGAGGGCUUCGCGCUGGACUGGAGCCCCCAGAGCCCAGGCCGGCUGCUGUCCGGGGACGUGCGCGGGCGCAUCCAUCGCUGGGAGCCACGCGAGGCCGGCUGGGCCGUGGACCAGCGGCCGCUGCUCGGCCACGGCGGCAGCGUGGAGGACGUGCAGUGGUCACCCAGCGAGGCCUCGGUGUUCAUCUCGUGCUCCUCGGACGCCUCCAUCCGCGUUUGGGACGUGCGGGCGCCGCCGCCCCGCGCCUGCCAGCUGAGCGUGGCCUCGGCGCACGACGGCGACGUCAACGUCCUGUCCUGGAGCCGGCGCGACGCGGCCGCGCUGCUCAGCGGCGGCGACGACGGCGCCCUGCGCCUCUGGGACCUCCGCAGCAUCCGGAGCAGCUCCGCCUGCGUGGCCACCUUCAAGCAGCACCGCGGGCCCAUCACCUCGGUGCAGUGGCACCCGGGCGAGAGCGGCGUCCUGGCGGCCGCCGGCGAGGACGACCUGGUGACCCAGUGGGACCUGGGCGUGGAGCGGGACCCCCAGGCCCAGGGGGAGGAGGAUGAGGAGGGUGAGGAGGGGCUGUCGGAGCUGCCCCCGCAGCUGCUGUUCCUGCACCAGGGCGAGAAGGAGGUGAAGGAGCUGCACUGGCACCCGCAGUGCCCGGGGCUGCUGCUCUGCACCGGCCGCGACGGCAUCGCCGCCUUCCGCACCAUCAGCGUCUGAAAACACGGGGGAAAAACGGGGAGAGGUGGAGGGAUUGGAAAU